CCCUCAGAUUCAGCAGGGACCCCAGCGCCAGGACCUUGUCCCUCCCCAGCCUGAGAAACAGCUCACCCAGGAUUCCUGCCUGGAGGCUUUGGGGCUUAGCCCAGCACUAUCCCUCUCCCACUGUUUCCCAGAAGGAAAGGUAACCACAGGUCCUAAAUGUUCCCAACAUGGCAUCCCCUAAAGCUGGCUGUCAUGUCAAAUCCCCCUCCCAUCACUAGUUCCACUCCUCCCAUGGCAAUGGCCACUGGUUGCCACAGGAACCACCCUGGCUCUUCCCAGGGACUUCCCCGAGGGGCACCUGAAUGGGCAGGUUGCAGUAUUGUCUGUAAGACCUAACACGCUUCCCAUCUUCUCUGGUCUGCAGCUCCAAAGACAGCUGGAGUACUUGGAAGAGUAAUGGCCCCGGCCUUUGCCUCUAACAUGGUUUCUACUAUAGGCACUAAGUGGGGACCCUACUCCAUUAACUUCCUACUGUCCCCAUCUCUGAUCUCUAGCUUAAAAGCCUGUCUUUCAAGGCUCAGCUCAGAUAGCACCUCCUUUAGAAAGUCGCUCCUUUUUUUGGGGUUCUUGUCAUGCCUCGUUUAUGUUUUACUUGUGUGACACCAAGCAGGGGCAGUUAGCUCUGUACUGUCUACUGCACUAGAUAGAUAAUGACCAUCAGAGGCCUUAUUCACUUAGGCAUCCCCAGCGCAAUGCCAGCCAUACAACUACGAGGACGAUGCUAACUAACAUCUAUUGGGUGAGUACUCCACGCCCAGCACUGUUUAAAGUGUUUCAUGUGUGUUUUACUACUCUUCAUAACCCAGUGAUGCACGUCCUAAUAUUCCUAUUUUAUAGGUGAGGAAACUGAGGCACAGGAGAGAUCAAGUAUUUUGCCUAAGGUUACAGUGUAACUAGUGGACAGGCAGUCUGACUCCAAAUCCGUGCCCCUAGUCACCAAACUAUUAUACGACCCCGCCUCUGCAAUUGGCACCAAGUUUGUUAAAUUGAGGGAGAUUCACUUCCUAGUUGGUGAAACAACUAAGGCUAGACUCUACCUACUGCUGAAAGGGUAGGGAAGUGUCUGGCGACUCCAAUGCUCUGGCCACUUGUGGGCUUGUGUUUUGCUGUACCACCUCCCAAUCCAUUCUGCCUCAACACUAAUCCCUGGGAAGGGUCGCCAGAGAGAAACUGAAAUCCUGCCAACUGGCCCAUGCCUCCUCCAACCCAGCACCAGUUUCUGCUGUUAACUUUACUUGCCCCUUCUUCUCAAAAGGCCAAGCUGUCCAAAGGCCAUUCAGCAAAGGGUAUGAAGGUCCCAAUAUAUCCCCAUCCAAUAAAGGAGAGUAAACAUUGAUAUGGUGGCGGCUAGAAUAAGCACCCCACCUCUUACACUAGCUUGGGGGCUGAUUGCUCUGGCAUCAUACUGCUCUCCAUCCUCUUUGUUUUGGUUUUCCUUUUUGUCCCAGUGUUUCUUUCUAUUAGGAACCCUGGCAGAGGGCUAUGACUGCCAUAAUCAGUUGGCCAACUGCAAUGUAUGUGGCUUUGGGUAAUUUCGCUGGAGCAACUGCUGGGCACCUGCCCUCUGGAUCCUAACCCAGCCAACCUCCUGACAUACUAGGGAGGAGUAGCCUGAAUAUACUGAGGCUGGUCAAGUAGGCGGCGUGUAGGGGUGACAGGGAGGUGCCUGGGGGGUGGGACACAGAAGCAGAUGUCCCCUCACACUUCCUGCUAUUCUCUCCAUUUCCUGUGGCCCAGAAUUUGAUGGGGGUUGGGGGAAUUGUGCCAAGUCAGCAGUCCCCCUUUGGUCCAUCCUUCCUCCUCCCUGAACCACAUAACGGAAAUCGGGGGCCUCCCUCAAGUGACUUCCCCUUUCUUUGGGGUGUUUAACCACUAAUCCAGGACACCAAUCCUUCCUCUGAUCAUCUCUCUAAUACUGGUUGACUUGGUGCUCAGAAACCUGGGUUCUCCUAUUCUACGGGGGAGGGGAGUGGUGGGGCUGAUAUGAUCAUGUUUUGCAGAACAAGUGACAGCUCAGGACCAGGCCCCCAUUCCUGAUUCCCUGUGGAUAGAGGUAUACAGCCUCAUUUUUUCCUCUUUUGCUCCAGCUCCCCAGGGACUUAGGCAUUCACCUAUUGCCUCCUUGGGGGUGUUGGGUCACAACAGGAAGUGGAUUUUGCUAGAGACCAAAAAAGAGAACUCGGGUAUCAGUGGAAGGAAGGAGACUCGAUUGCACAGAAAACAUCCGGGGAGUGGAUGGCGUGCCCAAGGCAGAUAUUGCCUCUUCUCACCCUCGGUAAGAAGGAUAAGACUCAGACUCGGGGAGGGUCGCCACGCACUCUACUCCCCCAAGAUGAGGCUGUUGCUCCUAGCAACCUCAAGGAAGGCAGAAGUUUGGAAGCGGUGCUACCCGGCCUUCAGGACAGAACCUUUCAGCUGUUGGGGCAUUAGUGGGUCUCAGUAAUGCACGUCUCGGUUCUAUCAAAACUCGGUUUGAUGGCCUCUGUCUGCUGUCCCUGCUGGUGGGGGAGAGCUCCACGGAGAUGUUCCAGCAGCACUGUGUCUCGUGGCUCCGGAGCAUUCAGCAGGUCUUGCAGUCCCAGGACCCACCCCCCACAAUGGAACUGGCUGUGGCUGUUCUGAGGGACCUGCUUCGAUAUGCAGCCCAACUCCCUACACUCUUCCGGGACAUCUCUAUGAACCACCUCCCUGGCCUUCUCACCUCUCUGCUGGGCCUCCGACCAGAGUGUGAGCUCUCAGCACUGGAGGGAAUGAAGGCGUGUAUGACCUAUUUUCCUCGGGCUUGUGGGUCUCUCAAAGGCAAGCUGGCCUCAUUUUUCCUGUCUCGGGUGGAUGCCUUGAGCCCUCAGCUCCAGCAGUUGGCCUGUGAGUGUUAUUCCCGGGUCCCCUCUCUAGGGGCUGGCUUUUCGCAGGGCCUGAAGCACACCGAGAGCUGGGAGCAGGAGCUACACAGCCUGCUGGCCUCACUGCACAGCCUGCUAGGGGCCCUGUACGAGGGCGCAGAACCGGCUCCUAUGCAGUAUGAAGGCCCUGGGGUGGAGAUGCUGCUUUCCCCCUCAGAAGAUGGUGACGCCCAUGUCCUUCUCCGGCUCUGGCAGAGGUUUUCUGGCCUGGCCCGCUGCCUGGGGCUCAUGCUCAGGUCUGAGUUUGGGGCUCCCGUGUCCGUCCCUGUGCAGGGAAUCCUGGAUAUCGUCUGCCGGACCCUGAGCAUCAGUGCCAAGAAUAUUAGCUUACUUGGAGAUGGCCCCCUGCGGUUGCUGCUGCUGCCCUCCAUCCACCUUGAAGCCUUGGACCUGCUCUCUGCGCUCAUCCUCGCGUGUAGAGGCCGGCUUUUGCGCUUUGGUGCCCUGAUCAGCCGCCUGCUUCCCCAGGUCCUCAAUGCGUGGAGCAUUGGUAGGGAUACUUUGUCUCCAGGCCAGGAGAAGCCUUACAGCGCCAUGCGGACCAAGGUGUACGCUAUACUAGAGCUGUGGGUGCAGGUGUGUGGCACCUCGGCAGGUGUGCUGCAGGGAGGAGCCUCAGGAGAGGCCCUGCUCACCCACCUGCUCAGUGACAUCUCCCCGUCGGCUGAUGCCCUUAAGCUGCGCAGUCCCCGGGGGAGCCCUGAUGGGAGUUUGCAGAUAGGGAAGCCCAGCGCCCCCAAGAAGCUAAAACUGGACGUGGGGGAGGCUGUGGCCCCGCCCAGCCACCGGAAAGGGGAUAGCAAUGCCAACAGCGACGUGUGUGCAGCUGCGCUGAGAGGCCUCAGCCAGACCAUCCUCAUGUGCGGACCUCUCAUCAAGGAGGAGACCCACAGGAGGCUGCACGAUCUGGUCUUACCCCUGGUCAUGAGUGUCCAGCAGGGUGAGGUCCUAGGCAGCUCCCCAUACACCAGCUCCCGCUGCCGCCGUGAACUCUACCGCCUGCUGCUGGCUCUGUUGCUGGCACCUUCUCCUCGCUGCCCACCUCCUCUUACCUGUGCCCUGCAAGCCUUCUCCCUUGGCCAGAGAGAAGACAGCAUUGAGGUCUCUUCUUUCUGCUCAGAGGCCCUGGUGACCUGUGCUGCUUUGAUCCAUCCCCGGGUUCCUCCUCUGCAGUCCAUGGGCCCCACCUGCCCCACCCCCGCUCCAGUUCCACCUCCUGAGGCCCCAUCUCCAUUCAGGGCCCCUCCGUUCCAUCCCUCGGGCCCCAUGUCCUCAGCAGGCACCAUGCCCUCAGCCAGCCCCGUGCCCUCAGUGGGCCCCAUGCCCUCAGUGGGCCCCAUGCCCUCAGCGGGCCCCAUGCCUUCAGCGGGCUCGAUGCCCUCCGCAGGCCCUAUGCCCCCAGCACGUCCUGGACCUCCAGCCACAACCAACCACUUAGGCCUCUCUGUCCCAGGCCUGGUGUCUGUACCGCCCCGGCUCCUUCCUGGCCCUGAGAACCACCAGGCAGGCUCAAAUGAGGACCCCAUCCUUGCCCCUAGUGGCACUCCUCCGCCUACUAUACCUCCAGAUGAAACUUUUGGGGGGAGAGUGCCCAGGCCAGCCUUCGUUCACUAUGAUAAGGAGGAGGCGUCCGAUGUGGAGAUCUCCUUGGAAAGCGACUCUGAUGACAGUGUGGUGAUCGUGCCUGAGGGGCUGCCGCCUCUGCCGCCCCCACCCCCCUCAGGCACCUCACCACCCCCUGUAGCCCCAGCUGGGCCGCCAAUAGCCUCCCCUCCUCUGCCAGCCAAGGAAGAGCCUGAAGAACUUCCUGCCACCCCGGGGCCUCUCCCUCCACCCCCACCCCCUCCUGUCCCGGGCCCUGUGACACUCCCACCACCUCAGUUGGUCCCUGAAGGGACUCCCGGUGGGGGAGGACCCCCAGCCCUGGAAGAAGAUAUGACAGUUAUUAAUAUCAAUAGCAGUGAUGAGGAGGAGGAAGAGGAGGAAGAAGAAGAAGAAGAGGAAGAAGAGGAGGAGGAAGAUUUUGAGGAAGAAGAGGAUGAAGAAGAAUAUUUUGAAGAGGAAGAAGAAGAGGAGGAAGAGUUUGAGGAGGAAUUUGAGGAAGAGGAAGGUGAGCUAGAGGAAGAAGAAGAGGAGGAGGACGAGGAGGAGGAAGAAGAGUUGGAAGAGGUGGAAGAGUUGGAGUUUGGCUCAGCAGUGGGGGAGGUAGAAGAAGGAGGCCCUGCACCCCCCAGCCUGCCUCCAGCCCUGCCCCCCGCUGAGUCCCCCAAGGUGCAGCCAGAGCUUGAGCCGGAGCCAGAACCGGAGCCGGAGCUGGAGCCGGAGCCGGAACCAGAGCCGGAGCCCGGGCUGCUAUUGGAAGUGGAGGAGCCCGGGGUGGAGGAGGAGGAGCAUGGGGCCGAGACGGCACCCACACUGGCCCCUGAGGUGCUCCCCUCCCAGGGGGAGCUGGAGAAGGAAGCGGGGAGCCCCCCAGCGGGGCCACCCCCUCAGGAGCUUAUGGAAGAGGACCCCUGUGCUCCCCCAACCCUUCUGGAAGAGGAGACUGAAGUUGGGGGUGACAAGUUGCUACCCCCGCCAGAGGCAUCUGCAGCAGAAGAAAUGGAGACGGAGGGAGAUGCCACAGCUCUCCAGGAAAAGGAGCAGGAUGACACAGCUGCCAUGCUGGCUGACUUCGUCGAUUGUCCCCCUGAUGACGAGAAGCCACCACCGGCCACAGAGCCUGAUUCCUAGCCCUCUCCUACACCCCGCGCUCCUCGUUUUCAAUAAAGUUAUGUCCUUGGAUGUCGACUGCUGCUUCUGCCUUUUGCCAC